UUUAGAAACAGAAAAUAGAAAGCUGCCAGAGCCACGAGAUUACGAGGACAGUGAUAAGCAAACAUCCGCAUAUCUUAAUGCACAAAACCAUGCCAAUCAAACCCGCUUCACUUCUUUGUUUAAACCACAACAUUCUCUUCACUGGCAGCCCUUGCAUCACAUAUCCAAUAUGCCCAAUAAUCUUCCACAGAGGUAGAGCAUCCACUACAACUUCAAUGACAAGAAUUGUAAUCUUAAAGUGCAAAAGCAGUGGCUCAGAGGAGAUAGAAACAGGUAAUAACAAUUUGAAGGAUGCACUUUCUGGUUUGGUGGACCAGCAAGUAGAGGAACUCUUGAAAAAGGAAGAGAACAGGGCUUUGCUUGAUGGGUUGGAGAAGGCCUCACAGAGAGUGGAAUUGGCCAAGAGAGAGCUUGCUGAAAUUGAAAAACAGGAACUUGAGGCUAAGCAAUUGAGGGAUUAUGUUAAUCAGCUUGAAAGCAGAGCUUUUGAGCUUGCUGAAACUCAACGGGAAAUUGUAGAAGCAAGAGCCAUUAUUGAAGAAGCGGAACGCUCAUUGUUGCUAAAUGCAGAUGGAAUUGAAGAUGGAAAUGCCUUGGUGGAGAAAGAAAGUGAGGGAGUUGACAGCGGUGUAGAGAGAUUGGAGUCCAUAACAGCAGCUUCUGUAUCUGCUCUUGUUGGUAGCCUUGCCGGGCUUCCCAUCUCUUUUACUCAGGUGACUACCAGUUCAGAGCUGAUACUCCCUUUGUCAAUCAACUUUGUUAGCUGUGCAUUAUUUGGUGUUACCUACCGAUAUACAAUAAGAAGAGACUUGGAUAACAUUCAGCUAAAGACUGGGACAUCUGCAGCUUUUGGUUUUGUUAAAGGGCUUGGAGCUCUAUCUGUAGGACCACCAUUAGAACUAAACAUUGAAAGCUUCAUGUCACAUGCUUCUAAUGCUGCUCUGUAUGUAUCUGAGAACCUUCUAAUAUUUUUGUUCGCUGCUGUUAGUCUGGAUUUCUGCUUUAAGAUGGGGCUUAUAAGUCCCUUUCCUAUGAAAAGAUCAGAUUCAAGUACUAAUACAAGGUGAAGAACCUAACUAGCUUUAGUUCUGGGUAUUCCAUGCUGGAUUAUUUUUUCUUUUAUCAGAAUAUUCCAAGAAGAAAGAUGAAAGAAAAUAUCAUUGUUUCAUCAAUCGGGUGGAAAGCCGGUGUGUUCUCACGGUAUGCAUGGUUUCCUUGCAUAUUCAAUGAUAAGAUGCAUUGGAGCACUUUUUUACUGAAAUAAGUCUUCUGCACAAAGUACCAUUUGCUCUCAUUGUAGUUCUUGAGUUCCCAAAUCCGAAAUGUUACGGAAGAGAGCACAAGCCAAGGCAUUUUAUUUCCAUCAUCCAUGUAUCAAUGAAACUACCUUAAUUGAAUUGUUAAACAGCUUCUUCUCCGUCCAUAUAUAAAUAGAUAUUUUGAGUUAAGGUCUAGUUUAAUCGUGUUAAUGGAAGCUUCAGCAUGAAGAUACGUCAGUCGAGAGAAAUUGCAUGUAUGUAUCCAGCCAUCAGUCAGAGGAUUGGCUCUUGAUAAUUUAUUAAUUCGGAACCCUUUUCGCUCGUUGUUGCUCUCCCUUUACCAAAGUUACGUGAAAAAUAACACACUGAUGUAUCUACCAGAUGCUAUAAUUGAAAAUACUGCAAGUUUUUAACUCGUUAAAAUUGCUUCCUGUCAGGGUCUCUUAUGUAUAUCGAUAG